UAGCGUGGGCUGAACAGCUGAUUAUUCUGGCGCUCUUUCAUACCUUUCUCUGAAAUAAAUUUGUAUUUCUGGCCGUAAAAUAUGUCCCAAGUCCCGGGUUUGGCCGGCGGAAAUGAGCAACAGAUGCGGAAGAUUCUGAGCGGCGGCGAGUACAAUCGCAUCUGCCAGUUCAUCAACGGCUUCCACGGAUUGGCCAUCGACUGCGAGUUCGAGUUGAGGAAUCGUUUCUUCAGGGACGUGGAACCAAUGGCUUUGACAUGCAUCCUGCAAUCGGAGCUCUUUAACAGGGCGCGUGGUCACCACUGGAAGCAGGACCAGCGAGGAAAGAAGCUCCUCAAAGUCUACGAGGAGCAGAAAAACUUGUACGACAAUGCCCUCCUGAUCCGAAUGGCUUGUGUCGAGGCACUGAAUCCGGUGGCUCUCUGCAGGAUGUUGCUGCAGGAGAAGUACAAGGCGCGGCAUCGAUCGCACAUAUCACAGCUUCUUAGGCAUCCGCAUCUCAUCGACGAUCCGCGGCUGGCGGCCAAUGUGCAGCAGUGCAUAAUCAGCGAUAAUCAAGAGGGAUCUAUUACGGACCUGCGACGACGCAUCAUGGGAGAGGAGUACGAGCUUAAGCUUAAGAAUCUGGCUAAGGAUGCGGGUAUCCAUUUCUACGACGAGCAGGAUUUGCGACGAAUGGGAUAUGACAAGACGCCGGACAUCAAGAUGAUAUUGCCGUUCCUUUACAGGGGCUCUGUGAUCAACUGGAUCGAAAGCAAGGCCAAUUUCGGGGACACCAAGGCACAUAAAUUCAACAUCCAACAGCAGCUGCAAAGCUACUGCAAUCGUUUUGGGCCUGGAAUCAUAAUCUACUGGUUUGGGUACCACGAGGAAACGCCCUCGCUGCCGGAUAACAACAUUGGUAUUACAGUACUUGCUGAUUUUCCGGCAAAAAAAGAUUUAGUUUUCAUGCAUCUUGCGCAAGAAGAAUUCCCCGCUGAGACUCUGGCAACAAAAGAGGACAGCAGUACCGGGAGUCAACUUCUAGGAGAACCUUUUGUAGCUGAAUGUCCAACCAAAGAACUGAAAAAACUUUCAUGAAGCUGAAUAUUCUGGAGAAUGACUAGUUUCGGAGUAUAAGAUAUUUUUAACUAUUGAACGAUAUGUGCUUGUUAAACCAAUGUACAUAGAACCCCUACACUUUAAUCAGGUAGUUGCCAAAUGUUAAGUAGCAUUGAAACAAUCAAAUCUAUACUAAUCUCGCACCAUGCGAAUAUUUACAUAAAGACAGGAAUGCUUUGCAUUUACACACUAACCGUAAGAUAGGACAAUGCUUCUGCAGCAGUAACAUUUCUCUUUAAAUUUAACAAUUAUUUCGUUUUUAUUGUAUUUAUAAAUUCUCAUUUACAUGAUGUAUUCAAUGGUUUAUAGUACAAAAAGAUUGAUUUUAUUUCUGGCAUAAAUCGUAUACAAAACUA